CCCCGCUAUUGAUCUUGCAGCACGGACUAUCAAUGGAGGGUAGGGUGGACGCUUUUCCUCAGCUACAAUUACUGGAAACCAGAGGGAUUAGCUGCAUACGCCUUGUUUUAGAGCGUUGGAACAAUCAAUGAGCUCUGUUAAGGAAUAAAAACAUCGUUUGCUGCCUUGCGCAGUGUGCAUUUCUUUAUUGUUUUAAGCACGCUUAAACGCCUUCCUCGGCCAACCUUUAUAUCACAUUCCCCUUUACCUAUUGACCCCUUUCUUCGCGGUAUCCUUUGCCGGAAUGGAUCCCUUUCGUUACCGUAAAGCAUAUGAGGCUAUGAUACAUGCUAGCCAGCUUCUGGAGUCUCGCUUGAACCAAGAUUCCGAAGGAUCCACCGAAUCAGCAAAUUCUGAGAAGCCAGGAAUAUCAGGCGAAAACGAUGAUCCAGACAGUAUGGAAUGGACACCUACCGGUGCUACAACACCUACAGGAGGUUGCGGCCCACUUAAUAGCACGUCUAAGAACCUGCGCCAUCUCCUGCCUAAUAAUGGAGAUGGCGACUACCGGAUACAAGAGACGGGCCAGAAUGCAGUAUUAUUACACAAGCUCCAGGAAGGUAUAUUCAUGGACGAAUGCAUCGACAAGCUAGUUCGCGAUCUGCCAGAUGUUUUGAGCCACGAGAGCUCUGCAACAUUCACGCCAUCGACAAUCGAAGUGCCGAAGGAUUUUGGCUUGCAGUUGAGCAUCUCGAUCAACCAUCAUCUUGCGCAAGUAGCCGAUCGGAAACUCCUAGAAAAGUACCGGCGGCUACUGGGACAUCGAAAGGACCCGGCCAAGCGCAAGUCGAUUAGACUUGGUUUUGAUCCCAUCGAUCUAAUUAAAAAACAAGCCGUCAACUUCAAUGAUACUUCUGCUACGAGAGCAUCAACGCUGGAUAACGAGAUUCAUCCGAUAUUCCGACCUGAUAAUUUCCAUGGAUGUUCAGACGCCGUAUACGACGUACUGAAACCAGCUUUUCGUUUGAGCACAUUGAUGCUUUUUUCUAAAGCUACCUCGUCAUUUUGGCACACAUUGGUCUUCGGCGAUAGGCAACCAUGCAAGAAAACAUCAGAACAGUAUGGUCAACCCUGCUUUCGUAUUCGGGAAGAUGUGCCAUUCACCGAAGAGCAUGCUAGCACUUUUAGAAGCUUUCUAGAUGAUCAAGUGGAUACAGUUCAUUUUAUGUUCCACAGGGAGCCACUGCCACCAGACCCAGCGUACGCUUCGAUGGGACUUGUCGCCGACUACAAGAACGGGCUUAUGCGGAAAUUGGACCGAAAGUGCCACACGAGCAAGAUCUGCCUCCAUUCAGAUUUCUAUACGACCGCAAAGAAGUUGAGCAUGCUGCAGUAUCCUGAUCCUGCAAUGGUGUUGCGUUUCAACUUAUUCCUGGCCGUUUGCCUGACUCACGAAAUGGCACAUUUUAUCGAAGUCUCUGGUCCGCACCAUGAACAUCCACUGGGUGAACCUGAAGUAUUUUUUAACGACAACACCUGGACCGAAUCUGGGAUUGCAUUCGAGCUCAAAAUGUUUGGCGGCCGACUGCACCCUAUCUCAUCAAGAGUCGACUGUGGACUUGGAAUGGCGGUACUCAGCUACCCUCUGCGAGAGCUGUACGACAAAGAAGACAAUGUCCUAUACACGCUACCCAUGGACUACAUCGCGAGGUUGCAACAAAAGGAGACUUGGGAACAAGACUUUUCCGAAUUGAAACCUGAUAUAUUCCAUGUUCCCCGGACUGGAUGCCGAUCGAUAGAAAUCAACGGCACGAACCUAAUGGUAUGGGAGGAUGAGCAGGAUGCGGAUAUCUCAGAUCAUGUUGACGGCAAGGAAACCAUGUUCUAUCGCAUGGACGAUGGACAAAUAGUGAAGAACCCGAAUUCGAACAACCGUAAGCCAUUGAAGACCGGUGAAAAUCGCCGAUGGAGUCCCUAUGGGAGACAAAAGAAAGAUGGGCCUGAUGCGGCAGCUUGCGUGUCCAAGGAGGUAGAAGCCUUGCCAGAAAGAGACAGCGAGCUCCCUACAACCGAAGUACAAGAGAAAGAUGGGAAAGAAGAUGGCCCGGAUGGGGAUGAAUAUAUGGCAUAAACAGCAUU